AUGGCUACCGAAGCUCCCAGAAAAACGGGGCAAGAGACGGAAAAGAAGAAAUUCGUCCAUCCUUCUGCUAAACAUGCUCGAAAGAAGGCUAUCAAAAACACGUUCGCCAUCGAGCCGAUAUCUGCAUUUUACAUCUUUCUCGCAGCCAACGUACUUGCCGCCCUCUUUGCUCCCAUCCAAGACUGCGACGAGACUUUCAAUUACUGGGAACCCACUCACUACCUGAGCCAUGGUUACGGCUUGCAAACUUGGGAGUACUCGCCUGAGUACGCCAUCCGGAGCUGGCUGUAUAUCGCCCUCCACGCCUUCGGUGCCAACCUCCGCCGUCUUCUGCCGCACUCGUCGAAGGUUGCCGAGUUUUACUUCUUGCGCUACCUGCUCGCCCUUGUGUGCGCCCUCUCCCAAACGCUCCUGUGGAGAGCCGUGUGUUUAGCACUUAACCCGCGUGUCGGCCUCAUCUUUAUCUUAGCGCUCAUUUUCAGCCCGGGCAACUUCCAUGCUAGCACGGCUUACCUCCCGUCGAGUUUCGCUAUGUACAUGGUUAUGAUAGGGACGGCCGCGUUCAUGAACUGGCGCGGCGGUCUGAAGACGUCACAGGGCAUGUUCUGGUUUGCCAUGGGUGGUGUGUUAGGCUGGCCUUUUUCCAUCGCUCUUUGCGCCCCCUUUGUGUUUGAAGAGGUUUUCUUCGCCAUGUUGAGUGAUAAGGAGCGCUUUUUUGAGUCGUGCAUCCGGCUUGCGCGUGGCGUGGUCGCAACCAUCCUUCUAGUUGUCGCCGAUACCGCUAUCAACGCGUUUUUCUACAAAAAGGUUGAGAUCGUGUCCUGGAACAUCAUCAAAUACAACAUCUUCUCUAGUACGGGCGGCCCCAACCUCUACGGCACCGAGCCGUGGACCUUUUACUUCAAAAAUCUCCUGCUCAACUUCAACAUUUGGUUCAUUCUCGCUCUCCUCUCUCUUCCUCUUUUCCUUCUACAAAAGCUUUUCUCCCGCGGCAACCCUGGCGAAACCUUUCAGUCCGGUCUGCGCACUCUCGUCUUCCUCACCCCAUUUUACAUGUGGCUAGGCAUCUUCACACUCCAGCCCCAUAAGGAAGAGCGCUUCAUGUAUCCGGCCUACCCCUUCCUGGCGCUCAACGCCGCCCUCGCGCUCCACAUCUUCCUGACUCUAUUCGGGAACGCCAAUCCACAAAGCCUUAUCGGCCGCGUCCCCGCCAAGAUCAAGCUCGUCGUCAUUUCCCUUCCCUUGCUGGCCUCCAUUGGCCUUGGCGUUGCCCGUAGCUGGAACCUCUACUCCAGCUACCACGCCCCAUUGUCUCUUUACACGCCGUUAGCCUCCGACGAGCAGCUGGCCGGCCGUGGUGACACCGUUUGCUUCGGGAAAGACUGGUACCGGUUCCCGACCUCCUUCUUCCUGCCACGCGACAUGCGUGCCAAGUUUGUCCGAUCUGAGUUCCGCGGCCUCCUGCCGGGGGAGUUCUCCGAGGCACGAACUGGAUUCGGGUUCUGGAGCGGCACUUGGCUGCCAACCACGGGGUUGAAUGACCGCAAUGAAGAGGACGCGGGGAAGUAUGUUGAUGUGCGGAACUGUGUGUUUUUGGUGGAUAGUCAGUUCCCAGAGCGGUGGGGCCAAGGGGAGAAUGGGGGAAAGAGCUUGCCGCUGAACGAGCCGGAUUAUGCGGCUGACACGGAGAGAUGGGAAACGGUCAAGUGUGUGCCCUUCUUGGACGCAGAGAGGACACAUUUCCUCGCUCGUGCAUUGUGGGUGCCGGACUGGGAGGUGGUGCCGGAGAAGUGGAAGAGGAAGUGGGGUAGGCAUUGCCUGUUGAAGCAGAAGAAAUAA